AUGAAGCUAUCGAGACUUCUUCUGUUCUCUACACAGAUGUUAUGUACUGUUUCUUUGCCCAUUGGAUCUCAAUCGCCGUCGACUGCUGGCACCAACUCUGGACGUAGGGAGGUAGUGAAGGAAGCUCAUGAGGUCUUGACGAAAAGAGUACCAGGCAACGGCGCCGCCCCAACUUCCGAGAACACACCAGGAAAAGAGUCAGAAAUAGGAGGCAAUGAAGCGAAGGAAGGGAACGAGAAGGAGAUCGAAGGCCAAUUCAAUGUGCCAGUCCGCCUUGGAGGAGCAAGCGUAAAACAAGACGUUCUCUACCCCCCAAGGAAAAACGGUCGCUUUGAAGUGGAAUUUCAAAAUGCAAUCGGCCGAACUCUUACGGUGACAGAGAACCGAGCACCCGCGCCACCUCCCCCAGGGUUCACGUCUGUGGAGGGGGUUUCAUGGAAAGUCAAUCUAGCUGAAGGAGCCCAAGGGAUGACAUUAUCAAAAAUUGACUUUAUUUUGAAUCCGGGAAACACACUCGAUAUUAGCAAAGGCCAGAUCGGCCGCCUUUUCCCCGAGGCUAAUGCUUUCAUCAUUGACCCAGCAUUGGGCGAGCUCGAAUUUGAGGCCGAAGAAAAUGAAUUGACGCUCAAGGUGGCCAACAUGAAUGGGGAGUUUGCGGUCUUCCUUCCGCAAGCCGAUGGUAACGGGGGUGCCGCUCGUGAAUGA